GUGCAUGCGCAAGUUCAAACCACUCCCCAAAUCCUGACUGGGGUCCAAACCGGAAGUGGCCCAGAGCGGCCAUUUCGCUUGUGUUGGCAACUGUCCUAAUUCGUUUAUCGCCUGCGGGACGCCGAGGAUUUCUGGGGUCUCUGCAGAGCCCCUGCCUCAGGCCGCAUCACUGAGGCUGCAGGAUCUCCCUUCACACCCCAGCCCGACUCUUCCCAGCAGUUCUGAUCGGACUGAUCGGAGCCUCCUGAUAUCCACCCAACUCCAGGCUCCUAGGAAAAGUGAAGCUGUCGGCAAAAGAGACCAAGAGUCGACGCCCAGAAGGGCCAUGCUUGCUGAUGGGAAUUUGCCCCAGAGGCCCCAGGGCUUGGGUCCAGAGGAGCUGGAUGUGUCAUGUGAGGGGUCACUGUCAUUUGAGGAUGUGACCAUGGACUUCAGCAGGGAGGAGUGGCUUCAGCUGGACUCUGCCCAGAGACGCCUGUACCAGGACGUGAUGCUGGAGAUCUACAGCCACCUCUUCUCAGUGGGGUAUCAUAUCCCCAACCCAGAGGUCAUUUUCAGCACAGAAAAAGGGGAAGAGCCGUGGAUGGGGGCAGCUGAAUGCCGACAUCAGAGGUAUCAAGAUGGGGAGCUUGGGGUUGAAACCCUACAACAGGAGUUUUCUGAAAAUGCUUCAUCUCACAAUGAGAUGGUGGGUGAAGUCACCAGAGAUGGCUCCUGGUGUUCCAUUUUAGAGGAACUGUGGGAAGAAGCUGACCAGAGAAAGAGAGACCAGGAAAAUCAAAAUAAACCUUCACAUCAGGGGGCUCUCCUCGAUAAGAAAAAACAGAACACAGAGAGGGACCAUGAAUACAGGGACCCUGGGAAAAUCAUCCUUAUGAGGCCCCACCUUGUUUCUUCACUAAAAAGACCUCCUAAACAUGGCUCAUGUGCACAAAGGUUGAAGCCUAUCCUAGAAGUAAGUCAAAAUCAAAGCAAUAUUUCAAAACACCCUGAUGAGACUGGAUCUGGGCUGCUCUUCACCCACAGCUCUUCCAAUGCCAGCUGCAAGAACACGCAUACAGGAGAGAAUGUCCGUGACAGUAACCCACGUACCAAAAUCUUCAGCCCUGAACAGCCACUCACACGACAUCAAGUUCAUACUCAGGCAAGACCAGCUAGGUGCACCGAAUGUGGGAGGGAUUUCACUCCAAAGUCGUACCUCCUUGAGCAACAGAGAUUCCACAGUGUAGAAAACCUCCAGGAAUGCAGUAAAUGUGGAAAGGCCUUCACCCCACAACCAAAACUUGGUGUCUCUGUGACAGGCCAUGCAGGUAACAUACCUUAUAUAUGUAGGGAAUGUGGAAAGGUCUUCGUUCAAAGGUCAGAGCUGGUUACACACCAGAAAACUCACACUAGAAAGAGGCCCCAUAAAUGCCAGGAGUGUGGAAAAGCCUUUUCCCAGAUGUUAUCUCUCUUCAGACAUCAGAGAACUCAUACUAGGGAAAAGCUCUACGAAUGCAGUGAAUGUGGGAAAGGCUUCUCUCAGAAUUCGACACUUAACAUACAUCAGAAAAUUCACACCGGGGAGCGGCAGUAUGUAUGCGGUGAAUGUGGGAAGGCCUUCACCCAGAAGUCAACGCUCAGCUUGCACCAGAGGAUCCAUUCAGGGGAGAAGUCCUAUGUGUGUAUUGAAUGUGGCCAGGGUUUUAUCCAGAAGGCACACCUGAUUGUACAUCAAAGAAGCCACACAGGAGAGAAACCUUAUCAGUGCCAUAACUGCGGGAAGUCCUUCAUUUCCAAGUCACAGCUAGAUAUACAUCAUCGAAUCCAUACGGGGGAGAAACCUUAUGAAUGUAGUGACUGUGGGAAAACCUUCACCCAAAAGUCACACCUCAACAUACACCAGAACAUUCACACUGGCGAAAGACACCACGUGUGCAGUGAAUGUGGGAAGGCCUUCAACCAGAAGUCAAUACUCCGCAUGCACCAGAGAAUUCACACUGGAGAGAAGCCUUACAAAUGCAGCGACUGUGGGAAAGCCUUUACUUCCAAGUCGCAGUUCAGAGAGCAUCAGCGAAUCCACACUGGAGAGAAACCCUACAUGUGCACUGCAUGUGGGAAGGCUUUCAAUGGUAGGUCAAAUUUCCAUAAACAUCAGAUGACUCACACUAGAGAGAGAACUUUUGCCUGUUACAGGUGUGGGGAUGCCUUCCUCCAGAAGUCAGAGUUGAUUACACAUCAGAGAACUCACAUUGGAGAAAAACUUUAUGAGUGCUGUGACUGCAGGAAAUCCUUCAGCAAGAAACCACAACUCAAAGUGCAUCAACGAAUUCACACAGGAGAGAGACCUUAUGUAUGUUCUAAGUGUGGGAAGACCUUCAACAACAGGUCAAAUUUUAAUAAACACCAAACAAUUCAUACCAGAGACAAACUGUACAAGAAGCAAUUAUUCUGUGAAAGGCUUUAUCCAGAAAUCAAUUCCUAGUUAUUAGCAUCAGAACAUACAUAAGUGAAACAAACCCUCUGAAUUUUUUUUUUUCUUUUGGUCAUGCCUGUGGCAUACAGAAAUUCCUGGGCCAGAAACUGAACCUGAGCCAUAGCAGUAACCUGAGCCACAGCAGUGACAGUGCCAAGUCAUUAGCCCAGGGAACUCCCUAUAUCUCUUGCAGAAAAAAAUCUUUAUGAGUCAGAUUUAGUCAUAUUAUAGAAUUCAUGCUUCAGAAAAACUCUAGGAGUUGAGCAUGUUGAGUCUAGCCUGUCAGUAAGUUACACAUUAUUUUAUAUGAAGGAAAUUAGUCAGAAAAGAACUUAAGAGAGAGUGGAAAAGUCCAUACUUGUACUAACCUCAUUAAAAAUUGUAAAAUUCCUCAGGAAGAAACCCUAAUACAUUGAGAAAAGAGUUUGUGCAGAAUGUAGUACAAGCCAGAUUGUUACCAGAUUAUUUACAGGAAAGUUUGUGGGAAAUUUAUAUUAAUGAUAAUCCAGUUUAAUGUGGGAUUUUUUUUUUUUUUUUUUUUUGCCACACCUGCAGCAUAUGGAAGUUCCCAGGCCAGGGAUCAAAUCUGAGCUGCAGCUGUGAUCUACACCAGAGCUGCAGCAACACGGAAUCCUUAACCCACUCUGCUGGGCCUGGGAUUGAACCCACACCACCCCAAGAGACACCACCAGAUCUUUAAUCUGCUGCACUAGCAUGGGAACUCCUGGAUAGAAAUAGUUUUAAAGUGCCAGCAAACUGAAUGAUGACCAGGCAAUGUUACACAUACGUAUGUAAAUAUGUAUAUAAAUAUGUAUAUCUUCAGGUCAACAUACAUAUUUACACACACACACACUCCCUCAAUUCUGUGGUGUGUGCUACAGGAUUCACUGCCUAACAGGAGGUAUGGAUAGAUUGUGUGUGUGUGCAUGUGUUUAUAUAAAUACACACACACAUGGUUUUUGGUUUUUUGCCGCACCCAAGGUGUGCAGAAGUUCCCAGGCCAGGGAUUGAACCCAUGCCACAGCAGCAACUGAGCUGCUGCAGUGACAACACUGGAUCCUUAACCCACUGUACCACAAGAGAACUCCAGAAAAUUUAUUUUUUCAAAAGGACCUAAUGUUUAUCAAGUUUACUCACUAUUGAAUAUUUAUAUCCUAAGGUUGCACAAUCAAUAUUUAUAUACAUAUAUAGACACAAUGAAUGUACUUUUUUUGUGAUUCUCGUCUUCAGAGUGUAGUUUUUCUCUUCUCUCAUGAUUCAUUUGGCUCUACCCUCCCCUCUCCACCUCUACCAUCUAUGGCGAAACUCUCCAGAGAUAACCAGUGUCAACCUUUUAGUAUGGACCCUUUUGUAUUUUUAUACAGGCUCCUAAUCAUAUAUGCCAGGAGUCAGCAACCUGGCCAGUGGCCAAAUUUGGCCACCCAUCUGUUUUUUGUUUUUAAUAAAGUUUUAUUGGAAAACA